AUCAUCUCUGACCUGGAGUCGUGGAACGAGGAGCUGACGGGUCAGAUGAAUGAUUUUGACACGGAGGACCUGACGGUGGCGGAGCAGAGGCUGCAGCACCACGCCGACAAGGCCCUGACCAUGAACAACCUCACCUUCGAUGUCAUCCAUCAGGGACAAGAGCUGCUGCACUUUGUCAACGACUUCCAGGCUUCUGGUGUCGUGCUGCUCUGCGAUCGCGAUGUGGACAUGGCCACUCGGGUCCGAGAACUGCUGGAAUUCCUCCACGACAAGCAGCAGGAGCUGGAUUUAGCAGCCGAGCGGCACCGCAGACACUUGGAGCAGUGUGUGCAGCUGAGACACCUGCAGGCUGAGGUCAAGCAGGUUCUGGGCUGGAUUCGUAACGGCGAGUCGAUGCUGAACGCCGGCGUCAUCACAGCCAGCUGCCUGCAGGAAGCCGAGCAGCUGCAGCGCGAGCACGAGCAGUUCCAACAUGCCAUUGAGAAAACCCACCAGAGUGCUCUGCAGGUCCAGCAGAAGGCAGAGGCUUUACUCCAGGCCAACCACUACGACACCGACCUGAUCCGAGACUGUGCGGAGAACGUGGCUUCCCACUGGCAGCAGCUCAUGCUGAAGAUGGAGGAUCGGCUCAAGCUGGUCAACGCCUCCGUGGCCUUCUUCAAGACCUCUGAGCAGGUUUGCAGUGUGCUGGAGAGCCUGGAGCAGGAGUACAAGAGAGAGGAGGACUGGUGCGGGGGCGGAGACAAGCUGGGUCCCAACUGUGAAACGGACCACGUCACCCCAAUGAUCAGCAAGCACCUGGAGCAGAAGGAGGCCUUCCUCAAGGUGAGCCAGAACCCCAUCAGAGCAAAGCUGGAAGACCCACUGGGGGUUGUCCUAAUGCACGGGUCAAAGUCAAGGCCCCGGCCCGAAUCCGGU